CCAUUUGCCGGAACAGCUGUGGUGGUGGUUUCUGCUCCAGACCCAACAUGUGCACAUGUCCUGGUGGCCAAAUAGCCCCAUCCUGUGCCACCAAAUCAUCCCAACGGUGCAAUAUCAGAUGUAUGAAUGGAGGAGUGUGUGAAGAGGACCAUUGCCAUUGUCCAAAGGGAUAUACAGGAAUCUUUUGUGGACAGCCUGUCUGUGAAAAGACCUGUCAGAAUGGUGGACGCUGCAUUGGACCGAACCUCUGCGUGUGUGUAUACGGCUUCACUGGGCCACUGUGUGAGAGAGAUUACCGAACGGGCCCGUGCUUCCCCCAGGUCCUCAGCAGUGAGUGUGCAGGUCAGAGCGGGGGAUUUGUGUGCAGUAAAGCCCUGUGCUGUGCCACGGUGGGGCGAGCGUGGGGUGACCCGUGCCAGCUGUGCCCUCCUCUCAGCUCGUCCUGCAGCACAGGGUUCAUCACAAACACUCGCACAGGAGCCUGCCAAGAUGUUGAUGAAUGUAAGGUCGUGCCUGACCUGUGUGAAGGAGGAAGGUGUAUCAACACACUGGGCUCAUACCAGUGCCAGUGUCCGGCGGGUUACCAGCAGCACACGAGCUCGCUGAAGUGUGAGGAUGUGGAUGAAUGCUCCAGCAUCGAGCAUGUGUGUGAUGGAGGACGCUGCAUUAAUUCAGUGGGCAGCUUCUCCUGUGUGUGUGCGUCUGGAUACGUGCCGUCUGUAGACCGUACACGCUGCCUUGACCAGCACACAGGCGUCUGUUUUGCGUCAGUAGUGAAUGGACGCUGUGCUCAGGAAAUCAGCGGACGCUUCAGUAAAAUCCAGUGCUGUUGUGACCGUGGCCAGUGCUGGAGUCAGAGCACGGCUCCUCAAACGUGUCCUGUGCCAGGGUCAGAUGAAUACUUCAGCAUGUGUCUGGUGGGCUCGGCUCUGAGUGGUUACAGUGAGCAGGAUCCAGAUACGAACCCUCAACACCCCAGCACCUUCAAUCCUACCACUGAUGACCAGAUACUUCACCCACUCAAUGACAAUGGACACGGGACACCUCAGAUUCAGCACACUCCUCAGAUUUCCCACAUUCCUCAGAUCCCAGGGAAUGAUAAUCGAUUUAAACCACAACAACCUGUUUUGGUUAGUGUAAACCGGUGUCGGCUGUUCCCUAAUCUGUGUGUGAAUGGCCGCUGUGUGCCCAUGGGCUCGGACUACCACUGCGACUGUAACGCCGGACACAGAGAGGACAGCAGAGGAGAGUGCUCAGAUGUAGACGAGUGUGCGUAUGAACCCUGCACUAAUGGAAACUGCGUCAACACUCCUGGUUCCUACUUCUGCAGAUGCCACUCAGGCUUCCUCAGAGUUCCUGGAAAACAGGCCUGCAUCGACAUUGACGAGUGUCUUCAGAAUGGGGUGCUGUGUAAGAGCGGCCGCUGUCUGAACACAGAGGGCAGUUUUCAGUGCAUCUGUAACGCAGGAUUCAAGCUCACACCUGAUGGGAGAAACUGCAUGGAUCAUGAUGAAUGUGCCGCCACAAACAUGUGUCUCAACGGCAUGUGCAUCAAUGAAGACGGCAGCUUUAAAUGUGUGUGUAAACCUGGGUUCACCCUCAACUCCAGCGGCCGAUACUGUACAGAUAUCGAUGAGUGCCAGAUACCAGGUGUGUGUAUGAAUGGACGGUGUGUAAACACACAGGGCUCUUUCAGGUGUGAGUGUUUUGCAGGUCUUACUGUAGGAGUAAGUGGCCGCAUAUGUGUAGACACACACAUGCGCAGCACCUGUUACGCAGCUGUGAGAAGAGGCGUGUGUGUUCGGGCCUUCCAGCGAGCCGUCACCAAGUCUCAGUGCUGCUGUGCCAACCCUGACUAUGCCUUCGGGGAGCCGUGCCAUCCCUGCCCCGGCAAACACUCAGCUGAGUUUCAGGCCUUGUGUUCGAGUGGUGCUGGAUUUUCUGCUGAUGGCAAAGACAUUAAUGAGUGUGCUCUGGAUCCUGAUAUCUGCCCUAAUGGAGUGUGUGAGAACCUCCGAGGAAGUUUCCGCUGCGUCUGCAACAGCGGCUAUGAAAGUGACCCGUCUGGCAGAAGCUGUCUGGAUAUCGAUGAAUGUGUGGUGAACAGUCUCCUGUGUGAUCCCGGGCUGUGCCGUAAUGCUCCCGGGAGCUACAGCUGCACCUGCCCGGCCGGAUACUCCUUCAGACGCGACACCGAGACCUGCGAGGACGUGAAUGAGUGUGCGAGCGGGCCGUGUGUUAAUGGAGUCUGUAAGAACAGUGCGGGCUCCUUCUCCUGCGAGUGCUCACUCGGAAGUAAACUGGACUCCACUGGACUUUUAUGUUUUGACAGUUUGAAGGGCACGUGCUGGUUAACCCUCCAGGACGGCCGCUGUGAAGUGAACAUUAAUGGAGCUACACUGAGGUCACAGUGCUGUGCCACGCUGGGAGCGGCCUGGGGAAGCCCAUGCGAACCAUGUCAAACCGAUCCUGUAUGUGAACAAGGAUUUGCUCGGCCAAGAGGAGCUUCAUGUGAAGAUGUGAAUGAGUGUGAGGUGUUUCCUGGUGUGUGUCAUAAUGGACACUGUGUGAACACUAGAGGUUCCUUUAAAUGCCAGUGUCCGGAGAGUCUCACACUGGAUGUCACUGGACGUCUCUGUGUGGAUGUUCGUUCAGAACCCUGUUUCCUAACCUACGAUGAGGACGUGUGUACGCUGCCGGUGCCAGGCCGGUUCCGUAUGGAUAUGUGUUGCUGUACGGUGGGUUUGGCCUGGGGCAACGAUUGUGACCCAUGCCCUGAGCCUGGCACACGGCGGUUUGAGGCUCUGUGCCCAAGAGGACCGGGCUUCGCCAACAAAGGCGACAUGCUCACCGGCAGAGCUGUCUAUAAAGAAAUAAAUGAGUGUAAAGUUUUCCAAAGCAUCUGUAUUCAUGGGAAAUGCCGGAACACCAUUGGAAGCUUCAGAUGUCGUUGCGACAGUGGGUUUGCACUGGAUACCAAUGAGCAAAACUGCACAGAUAUUGACGAGUGCAAGAUCUCUCCUGAUGUGUGUGGUCAUGGCACGUGUGUGAACACACUGGGCAGUUUCCAAUGCGACUGUUUCCCCGGCUACGAGAGUGGAUUUAUGAUGAUGAAGAACUGCAUGGAUGUUGAUGAGUGUGAAAGAAACCCCUCACUGUGCAAUGGAGGCACCUGUGAAAACACUGAUGGCAGCUACAAGUGUGUGUGUCCACCGGGUCAUCGUCUGUCUGUGGACGGCAGUGCCUGUGAAGAUGUGAACGAGUGUGAUCUGAGCGGCACGUUGUGUCCUAACGGCAGGUGUGUGAAUGUGGCGGGGACCUACCAGUGCUCCUGCAGCUCUGGAUACCACACAACCCCUGAGAGGAAAGGGUGCGCAGACAUAGACGAGUGCACGAUCGAGAACGGAGGAUGUGAGCUGUACUGUAGUAACUCUGAGGGGAGCUACUCCUGCACCUGUGCUCAGGGUUAUGCUCUGACCCCAGACCAGCGGACAUGUGCAGAUGUGAAUGAGUGUGAAGAGGAGGCUGGCAUCUGUGAGGGCGGUCAGUGCACUAACUCUCCUGGAGCAUAUCAUUGCCUGUGUUAUGAAGGAUUCAUCACUUCUGCCGACACCAGGACAUGCAUCGAUGUGAAUGAGUGUGAACUCAACAGCAGCAUCUGUGUGUUUGGGGAGUGUGAGAACACCGAGGGUUCAUACAUCUGUCAUUGUGAGAUGGGUUACGCUGUGAAGAAGGGAACCUCGGGCUGCACCGAUGUUAAUGAGUGCGAGACGAACACUCAUAACUGUGAUGCACACGCCGCCUGUAUCAACACCGCUGGGCGCUACCUCUGCUCCUGCUGGGACGGCUGGGCCGGGGAUGGAGUCAGGUGUGCUGAUGUGGAUGAGUGUGUGAACAGGACUGAGGUCUGCAGCGCUGAUGCCGAGUGUGUGAACACGGCUGGCUCGUUCCGCUGUAAAUGUUCAGAAGGCUUUACUGGCGACGGAUUUACCUGCUCAGAUAUGGACGAGUGUGCUGAAGAUGUGGAUCUGUGUGAAAACGGCCAGUGCCUCAAUGUUCCCGGCGGCUAUCGCUGUGAAUGUGAGAUGGGCUUCACACACACUCCCAACAGGAGAACCUGUCGAGAUAUAGACGAGUGCACCUUCCACAACAUCUGUGUGUUUGGCUCAUGUCAGAAUAUCCCAGGAAUGUUUCGCUGUGUUUGUGAUGAGGGGUAUGAGCUGGACAGGACAGGUGGAAACUGCACAGACGUGGACGAGUGUCUCGAUCCCAUCAGCUGUGUUAAUGGUCACUGUGAGAACACAGCCGGCUCGUACCAGUGCAACUGUCCCAUUGACUUCGAGCUCAACCCCACUGGAAUCGGCUGUGUUGACACGCGAGCAGGGAGCUGUUUUCUGGAGUACCGAGGCUCGCGGGCCUGUGGCGUUGAGCUGGGCUUGGGAGUCAGUCGUUCAUCAUGCUGCUGUUCUCCGGGACAGGCGUGGGGUAACCCGUGUGACCUUUGCCCUCCACUCAACACAUCGGAGUAUAACACACUGUGUCCUGGAGGAGAGGGGUUCAAACUUAACCCCAUCACCAUCAUCCUGGAAGAUAUUGAUGAGUGUCAGGAGCUGCCCGGCCUGUGCCAGGGUGGAAACUGCAUCAAUGCGAUUGGCAGUUUCCAGUGCGAUUGCCCGGCCGGAUACCAGCUCAACACAGACAAGCGCAUCUGUGAGGAUAUUGAUGAAUGUGUGCUCAGUUCAGGGGUGUGUGGUCCGGGCACCUGCUACAACACACUGGGAAACUACACAUGUGUCUGUCCACGGGACUACAUGCAAGUGAGCGGAGGACACCGCUGCAUGGAUAUGAGGAAAAGUCUGUGUUACCGAGACUACAGUGGCAGUACCUGUGAACACCAGCUCCACUUCAACACCACACAGAGAUUGUGCUGCUGUUCCUACAAUGUGGGAAAAGCCUGGAACAAACCAUGCCAGUCCUGUCCGAGCCCUGGCACAGGGGACUAUAGAAGUCUUUGUGGCAGUGUGACCGGAUUCAGGAUUGACUUUGAAACUGGAAAACCAAAAGAUAUUGAUGAAUGUCGUGAGAUCCCAGGCGUCUGUGCUCAUGGUGUGUGUAUGAACCACAUGGGCAGUUUCCACUGCGAGUGUCCCACAGGCUUCACGUACAAUGACCUGCUGCUCAUCUGUGAAGACGUUGACGAGUGCAGCAGUGGAGAGCGAGUGUGUCAGAGGAAUGCAGACUGCAUCAACCGUCCGGGUGGCUAUCAGUGUGAGUGUGCUGAUGGGUACGGACUCACGCCCCACGGGGCCUGUGCUGACCGUAACGAGUGUGUGGAGACGCCCAGCGUGUGUCGUCAUGGUGACUGUGUGGACAUUGCAGGAGGAUACGAGUGUAUGUGCCACACCGGCUUCACAGCCACGCUGAACCGCAGGAUGUGUGUGGAUGCUGAUGAGUGUUCACGCCAGCCGUGUGGGAAUGGCACAUGCAAAAACUCGAUUGGCUCUUUCAACUGUCUCUGUCAUCCAGGGUUUGAGCUCGCCAGUAAUAACUACUGUACAGAUGUUGACGAGUGUGCAGUUUUGCCCUCUCGGCUCUGCAGGAACGGCCGGUGUGUUAACAGCAUCGGCUCCUUCCACUGCCUCUGUGGAGAGGGUUAUGAACUCAGCCUCGACGCCAAGACCUGUAUAGAUGUUAACGAGUGUGUUAUGAUUCCUGGGAUAUGUGCUCCUGGAACCUGUGUGAAUCUGGAUGGCUCUUUCAGAUGUGUGUGUCCUGAUGGGUAUAUCGUCCACAGUGAGCACUGUGUAGAUGUGAACGAGUGUUCGGAGGAGCCCGGCAUCUGUGCGUACGGCUCCUGUUUCAACAGUCUGGGCAGCUUUGAGUGUGUGUGUAAACCUGGAUUUGUGCUGUCAGAAGAUCGACGCAGAUGUUACGACACUAGAGAGAGCUUCUGUUUCACACGCUUUGAGAAUGGCAAGUGCUCUGUCCCGCAGGCGUUCAACGCCAGCAAAGCCAAGUGCUGCUGUAGCCUCCUGGCCAGAGCGGGCUGGGGCGACCCCUGCGAGCUGUGCCCCAAACUGCAGCACGCUGCAUUUCAGGAUCUGUGUCCGUUCGGCCAUGGGAUCGUCCCUGGUGUCGGGGACACGCGUGAAGACUUGAACGAGUGUGUGGAGAAUCCCGAGAUCUGUGUGAACGGCCGCUGCAUCAACACGGACGGCUCCUUCCGCUGCGAGUGUCCCGCGGGAUACACACUCCACCACACAGGCACACGCUGUGACGAUAUUGACGAGUGUUCAGUGGGAAACCCGUGUGGAAACGGCUCAUGCUCAAAUGUGAUUGGAGCUUUUGAGUGUGUGUGUGAGGAGGGGUUUGAGCCCGGACCAAUGAUGAGCUGUGAAGAUGUGAAUGAGUGUGACCAGAAUCCUCUGCUCUGUGCGUUUCGCUGCGUUAACACUUUCGGGGCGUAUGAAUGCAGCUGUCCGUCCGGUUACACCCUGCGGGAGGAUGGACGCAUGUGUCAGGAUGUAGACGAGUGUGCAGAGGAUCUUCAUAACUGUGACUCCAGAGGAAUGGAGUGUAACAACUUGAUCGGCACCUUCAUGUGUGUGUGUCCGGCCGGGAUGAUCCGCCGGAUGAAUGAAGAGGUGUGUCAAGAUGAAAAUGAAUGCUUGACUCAGCCCAGGGUGUGUGAGAACGGCCGGUGUGUGAACACUGUCGGCAGCUACACGUGUGAAUGUGGCAUUGGGUUCAAAACUGACUCUACAGCGACGAAAUGUCUUGAUCACAGGACCGGCGUGUGUUUCUCUGAGGUCCUGCACAGCAUGUGUGAGAUGUCCUCCAGCAGGCGUGCUCCUGUGAGCUGGUCUCAGUGCUGCUGUAGUGGAGGCCGAGGCUGGGGUGAGCAGUGUGACCUCUGCCCUCUGCCGGACACUGCCAGCCUGAAGAAGCUCUGUCCGUAUGGCCACGGCUACGCCACUGACGGAUCAGAUAUAGAUGAGUGUAAGCUGAUUCCAGGAGUGUGUGUCAACGGUGUGUGUUUCAACACCAUGGGCUCUUACAGAUGCCACUGCGAACUAGGAUACAUGGCCUCCACUGCAGGAACCAUGUGUGUCGAUGUCGAUGAGUGUGGUUUGUCCCCGAAGCCCUGUAACGUCCUGUGCAGGAACAGCGAGGGCAGCUAUGCGUGCUCCUGUCCCCGCGGGUACACGCUGCAGGACGACCACAGGACCUGUAGAGAUGUGGAUGAGUGUCAGAGCCGACGACACACCUGCCAGUUCUCGUGUGUGAACACCAUGGGUGGCUUCAGCUGCAGGUGUCCGGCGGGCUUCAGCCAGCAGCGCGCGGCCUGCCGAGAUGUGGAUGAGUGUCUGUCUGAGCGGAGUCCGUGUGGCCUGCGGGGCGUCUGCCAGAAUUCAGUGGGCAGCUUCCACUGUGAGUGUCCACAGGGCUUCAGACUGGACUCCCUCGGACUCAACUGUCACGAUAUAGAUGAGUGUGUGCGUGAUCACAGGUGUCAGUUUGGCUGUCAGAAUGUUGCGGGUGGUUUCCGCUGCAGCUGUCCACAGGGAUACACUCAACACCAGCAGUGGAACCAGUGUGUAGAUGACAAUGAGUGCUUGAACCCGGGCAACUGUGGCUCAGCUUCCUGUUUCAACACGCUGGGCAGCUUUAAGUGUGGCUGUCCAUCCGGCUUCACCUUUGAGCCGGUGUCCACGAGCUGUGAAGACGUGGACGAGUGUGUGUCCUCCAUGAGCCCCUGCAGAUACGCCUGCUCGAACACACAGGGGGGGUUCAUGUGCGGAUGUCCCGCGGGAUAUUACAGAGCGGGACAGGGGCACUGUGUUUCUGCUGCUGGUUUUGGAGGUGGUGAACUUGGACCAGAAGAAGAAAACGCUCUUUCUCCUGAAACCUGCUCUGGCUGCAAAACCAAUGGACACCAGAAGAAAAGUGUCAGGAGAAGACACACUUCAGACUUCACACAGGAAGCAGUUAGUCUGGCCAGCGUGGACGUGGAUCAGCCGCUGAAGUUACUUCUCAAGCGUUCACAACUCAAGCCCAGAGCAGCCGUCCUGGAGCUGGUGCCUGCGGUCCGAUCCCUCGUCCAGCGCCAGACCUACUCCAUCACAGCCGGAAACCAGGACGGGCUCUUCCAGAUCAGACAGCGGGCGGGGGUCAGUUACCUGCACCGCACACACAGGACCUCCUCAAGGACACACUACACCCUGCAGAUCAGAGGUUCUGAAGACCCCGAGCGACCCGCUCCAGCCCUGCUCAUCACAGUCCACAUCACAGUCCAGUAG